AUGGGUGAUUCAUGCCACUGCCGCCGUCUCGCAUUGCUGGUGGGCGUAGAGCGGCGGUCUGUGGUCGUGCCUAGGGAUCCCUCUCCUGCCCUGCGGCCCGACGAGCCGCAUGUGCCGUUGGGCCUCACCCGCCAGCAUUUCACCGUUUCUACAGAGAACAUGCCGCGCCUGGCUUCAACGACCCUUUUGCUGCCCGUCCGGGAAGGUCCUCUACGCCUUCGACCCGCCAUGCUUCUGACUGCGGAUGGCGUCCGCAUCAGGGGAGCGGGUGUUAUGUUCUCGCUGCGCCCGUCCUUGGCAGCCCAGUCGAUAUAA